CCUGGGUUUUCCCGAUAUGCUGAUGGGUUAUCGAGAAGCAGAUCAGGGUGAUCCACGAUAUGAAGCCGUUUGAAAUGGUGCCGAACUUCUUAGUUUUGCAUGUGCUGACGAUGAUUCUAGUGGCUUCUGUGUGGACCCAGAACCUGUGCCCAGCACCUGAUGACAUCCAGCCAUGCACGUGUCACGAAGACACGACCAAUUAUUCUGCAGACAUCGACUGCUCGUCUGUCGCCGACACCGACCACCUCCAGGAAAUCUUCGCGAGGGAUGCGUUCAUGCCCACCAACCUGAUGAGCUUCUUUUCCACGGGAUCCGCUUUGCAACAACUGACUCCCAGAAUAUUUGGCAACGUGACAUUCCGCAAAAUAAUAAUUUCCGGAAGUGCGGUGCAAUCCGUCGACAUGAACGCGUUGCUUUCCAUGGCCGGCAGUUUGGAGGAAUUUAUCGCACCCGGAAGCAGAAUCAAACACUUCCCCUUCGAAAUACUACCGGUUAUGUCCAAAUUGCGGGCGUUGGAUUUGUCUCGGAAUAACUUGCGAAAAAUUGAAAAGGUUGUGAGCAAUUCGUUGACUCACGUGAACUUACAAGGUAACAUUAUUGAAAACAUUCCUGAAGAUACCUUCCUUAAAGCCGUGCAACUUGUCGACCUAAAAAUCGGCGGCAAUAAUUUCACCACUCUACCAAAAGGAUUUCUGCAAGAUUUGAAAUCUCUGAGGGCUGUGGAUAUUUCUUUGGGAACCAUAACGAUCCUAGAAGCAUCCUCAUUGGCAUUCACCAGCAAGAAAGUGAAGGAACUCUGGCUCAACAUGAACUUCAUCAAUGAAAUCUCUCAUUUGGCAUUCGAUCCGGACGGAAUAGAAAACACAGCGAUACACUUGGAAAAUAACGCGUUGUCUCAAAUCCCAGAAGAAACUUUCAAACCUCUUUUUGUCGCUUUUGACCAUUCCAAAGAGUCGACAGGAUUUUUGCAUCUUGACGGUAACCCAAUCAUCUGCGAUUGCCGCAUUCAAUGGCUGGCAGAAAAUACAAAAUUUCUCAAGAAAGUUUCGGGACGAUGUCGGGAUGGAACGCCUCUACAUUCUUUGAAUGCUAGCAUUUUACGGGAAGUUUGCUCGAAGCGAAAACCAGCAUCGUCUGAAGAAAGCGUGCCUCAUCCUGAUGCAGUUUAUAUGAUCAAAAAAGAACAAAAAUCAGCAUCAUCAUCUGAAGAAACCGUAACUCAUUCUGAUGCAGAAGAUGAUGGGACUUCACUAAGAAAACGUUCAUCCCUUCGGUCUGUUCCGCUUUCCGAAGCACUUCAGCGAUUAGCGCCACAGGAAACGCGGAUUGAAAUCAACAAAUGUGUCCUGGAUGAUGAAUCUUUCGAAGUGACAACUACAGAAGAUAUCAUACCCACAACUAGGAAUGACCGUAAAAUCAAAAUUAUCCCGAUGAACGGCAAAGAGCAUUCAGAAUUCGAGAUACCGGUUCAUCCGGGAAACCACGAACACGACACGUUCAAUAAUAAUCCAAGAGAAUCGGAAGAUCUCAGCAUCACUCAGCAGGAGGACGAUCACAAGAACCAUCACUCAUCAUCCGAGUCAUCACCUACCUUUACGGCUAACAAUAAAAGGAAUCAUCACAGGCAUUUCAGAGGUGAAUCGAGCGAAGAACAAUCAAAAACAGAAACGAUAAUCAACUCCGAUGAGAGAUUAACGAGUUAUCUCCAUCGUCGUCAUCGCUUCCAACGCGCAACUUUCAAUAACCCGAGACAAAUUCACGAAGAUUAUUCAUUCUUCGACGAUUCUAACAAUGUUGCUACGCCAAGUUUAAGCUUCGAUGAUCGCUCGUCGAUGAGAAAGAGGAAUACAUAUCCGGCAACAGCACAUGAGAAUGAAUUAAUGCUGACCACUGCAAGGUAUUACGAUGAUGAUCACUCUGAAUUAGAAAUGCCGAGCGAACAAGAACAAUCAUCUGCGAAUGGGGAGACGACUGAGUUCAAUGAUGAAUUUAUGAGCAUGAAUAAUAAAAAGCGUCGCAACAGAAUCAAGGAGUUACAAGAAAAUGACGCGUCACAUGAUCGAGAAGACUUGAGUCACGUGAAUACGUUCUCAACUCCUGAUAAUGUGGAAAGUAUACCAAACAGCAGAGAGUCUACACAUCACGAUGAUCACUCAAAAACUGAAUCAAACGAAUGUUCUUCUGUUGUUCGGCGAGGAAGGUUUUCAGGCGUCAGUGGCAAAAUGGCAAACAGGAAGUUUUUUGUUGGUGGUAACUGGAAAAUGAAUGGAGAUAAGAAGGGCAUUGAUGGGAUUGUUGAAUUCCUAAGCGCUGGUCCUAUUGAUUCUAGUGCUGAGGUGGUUUGUGGAGCCCCGCAGUGCUACUUGGACUAUGCCAGGCAGAAGCUUCCUGCUAACUUUGGAGUGGCUGCGCAGAACUGCUAUAAGGUUUCCAAAGGAGCAUUCACUGGGGAAAUCUCGCCUGCCAUGAUCAAAGAUUUGGGAUGUGAAUGGGUCAUUCUUGGUCAUUCAGAAAGACGGAGCAUCUUUGGGGAGUCUGAUGAGAUUGUUGCUGACAAAUGCGUGCAUGCCCUGGAAGAAGGUCUCAGUGUGAUUGCUUGCAUUGGUGAGAAGCUGGAAGAGCGUGAGAGUGGGCAAACUGAAGCUGUCGUAUUCCGUCAAACAAAAGCCAUUGCAGACAAAGUUAAGAAUUGGGACAAGGUUGUUCUGGCUUAUGAACCAGUUUGGGCAAUUGGCACUGGAAAAACUGCUUCACCUGAACAAGCACAAGAAGUUCACGUCAAGCUUCGUGAAUGGCUGAAAGCCAAUGUCAGUGCUGCUGUUGCUGAGAAAACCCGCAUAAUUUAUGGAGGCUCUGUCACUGCAGGAAAUUGUAAAGAUCUUGUCAAGGGCGGGGAUAUUGAUGGAUUUCUUGUUGGUGGAGCAUCUCUGAAGCCAGAAUUUAUUCAAAUCAUCAACACAAAAAUGUAAAUUUAACCAUAAAUGCAAUUUUUAACCAUAGAUGCCCAAUUUUUUUUGUUGUUCUUGGUUCAAUUGUCUUUUGGCCUUUGCUUAUGGUUUUUUUUUUUUUUUUUUUUUUCCUGCUGAAGUGGGUCAUCAUUUAGAAUUCUUUUUGGGAGGUCCUCUAAGUCAUGUUGAUUGAUCGUGCUGUGUGGUUGAAGGUGGUGUUCAUGACAUUUGCAUGAUGCUACGUUGUGCAAUAAUAAUACCUGGUAGAAUCAAA